AUGAACUUAAUAUUAAUUAGUUCAAAAUGUAUUUAUGAAAUCAAUAAUGAAUUUUUUUUCAGAACAGAUGAUAGGCAAACAAAUCAUUUAAAAAGUAUCUUAAAAGUACAAUUAAAUCAACAUGUUAAGGUUGGAGUAAUUAAUAAAGGUAAGGGAGAAGGAAUCAUAAUAGAAGAAAAUAAAAAUUAUUAUGUUAUAAAGUUGUUGUCACCUAUUCAUUUAGAAAAACCAGAAUCUAGAUUCAUUCCAAUAGACGUCGUUAUAUGCAUACCGAGACCAAAAAUAUUAAAUAAAAUGUUACAACAAUUAUCUUCUGUUGGAGUUAAAAAAAUAAUUAUUGUAUUUUCAGAAUAUUCAAAUAAAUCAUAUGAGUCAAGUAAAAUUUUUAGAAAUGAAGAAAUAAAAUAUGCACUUCAAUUAGGAUUAGAGCAAGCUAUGUGCACACAAUUUCCCGAAACUUAUAUACAUUACUCUUUUAACUCUUUUUUUAUGAAUAUUCAAAAAUAUGCUGAUGAUAAUACAAUAAAAUUGUGUGCACAUACAGAUAUCAAAACAAAUACUACUUCAAAUGAAUUUUCUAUUUUAAAUAAAGAGGAAGGAAAAAUUCUUUUAAUGCUUGGAUGUGAAAGAGGUUUCUCAGAUCUUGAAAUUUAUUUGAUUAAAAAAUUAGGAUUUAAUUUUCUAUAUUUAACCGAAAGAAUUUUAAAGUGUGAAACAGCCAUUUUAAUAAUUAUUGGGCAGCUACUUUUGUUAACAGAAAAUACGUAUUUAAGGCCUAAUGGUAAAAAAAUGAGAAGAUACUCAAAAGAUAGAAAUGGUUAUAUAGAAAAGAAUAUAAUGAAAAGUAAAAAUAAAGAAGAAAUUAUAGAAAAUAAUUACAACUUUCAAGAUAAAACAGAAAUUAUUCAUGAAAUAAAAGACAUUUUAGUGAAUGAAACUUUUUCUUCUGAACAAUUGAAAACUUACAUAAGUAAUUUUAUAAAAGAACAUGAAAGUAUGAAAGAUUUCGAAAAUAUUUUUAGUAGUAAUGAAGAUAAUGUACUAAAGCAAAAAACAAAUAUUAUAGAUGAAAUUUUAAAAAAUAUAUCCUCUUUUAAUAAAAAUGAUGAAAAUAAUUUUGAAAAUAUAUAUUUAAGUUUGCUACUAAAGAAAAUUAAAUAUAAAAAUCGUUUUUGCUUAUCAUAUAAUGAUGUGAAAAAUAAUGUUGAUGAUGAUGGUGUAUUUAUAUAUAGAACACAAAGAUAUAUUACAAAAAAAAAAAAAAAUUUGUUAAAUGAUUUGCAUUCAACAUAG